AUGCAAACAACCCAAACACAAAUCACGUGCGCAAUUCGCUUGACGGCUUUUUCUGUGGGAUCUCAGUACUUUUCACCAUCUCACUACACUUACUACUCUUCGAGUCUUCUCGACAGCUUCAGCCUCGAUGGCUGUAUGAUCCAGGGCAUUCAAAUCGAUUUCUUCGCUGUACACUUACAGUGCAGUGUACACCGCUGCUCUCUGCCUCAGGCUUCUUCCCCUGUUCGACUAGCGAUCUCUGUUAUUAUUAUGAUUUCUAUUAUUCUACUUGAUGCAUUGCUGCCCAACCGGAUCCACUUACUACCGGAGGAAUAA